GCGGGGUGCGGCGGUCUUCUGUUCGCUUACGCGGCGUCGCCACCAUGUCCCUAACGGCCUCGGCCGGCCGGGGCCCGGGGGCCGUGUGGUCCCCAACCCACGUGCAGGUGACGGUGCUGCAGGCGCGGGGCCUGCGGGCCAAGGGCCCCGGGGGCACGAGCGACGCGUACGCGGUGAUCCAGGUGGGCAAGGAGAAGUACGCCACCUCCGUGUCGGAGCGCAGCCUGGGCGCGCCGGUGUGGCGGGAGGAGGCCACCUUCGAGCUGCCGCCGCUGCUGGCCUCCGGGCCCGUGCCGGCCGGCGCCGCCACCCUGCAGCUCACCGUGCUGCACCGCGCGCUGCUCGGCCUCGACAAGUUCCUGGGCCGCGCCGAGGUGGACCUGCGGGAGCUGCACCGCGACCAGGGCCGCAAGAGGAAGCAGUGGUACACCCUGAGGUCCAAGCCGGGGAAGAAGGACAAAGAGCGGGGAGAGAUUGAGGUCGAAAUCCAGUUCAUGAGAAACAACAUGACCGCUAGCAUGUUCGACCUCUCCAUGAAGGACAAGUCUCGGAAUCCGUUCGGGAAACUGAAGGACAAAAUCAAGGGGCGGAACAAGGACAGUGUGUCAGAUACCGCGUCAGCCAUCGUGCCCGCCACGACACCCUCUGUCGACAGCGAUGACGAGUCUCCAUCCAAGGACAAGAAGAAGAAGUCAAAGAUCAAGACCUUGUUUUCCAAGUCUAACUUGCAGAAAACGCCGCUCUCCCAGUCCAUGUCCGUCCUGCCGACUUCAAAUGCAGACAAAGUGCUGCUGCGUCCCGGGGACUUCCAGUCCCGGUGGGGUGAUGACGACGAUGAGGAUGAGUCCUCCUCCGCCUCGGACGUCACGUCUCACAGGAGAACAGCAAGCACGGAUCUUAAGCAGCUCAACCAGAUCAGCUUCACCCUCCCCAAGAAGGAAGGACUCUCCUUUCUUGGCGGCCUUCGGUCUAAGAAUGACACGCUUUCCCGCUCUAACGUGUGUAUCAACGGCAACCACAUUUACCUGGAGCAGCCGGAAGCCAGGAGCGAGACCAAGGACGGCAGCCCGUCUUCCUCCCCGUCCCCGCAGGGCUUCAGGAAGAAGCAUUUGUUCUCAUCCACGGAAAACCUGGCUGUUCGGUCUUGGAAGGAGCCUGGGGAAGGAGGGGAGAUGCCCCCCGACAGGCGACUCUCCGAGGACGCUCUGAAGUCCAUGUCUCUGCCAGCCUACCGGCCGGUCAGCACAAACAUCAAGGAAAACACAGCUCUGGCGAACUCUGAGGCUGCAAAAGAAACCAAAGAGAGCAAGAAGCCGGAGAACAAGAAGUCCUCUUUGCUUUCCCUGGUGACGGGGAAGAAGGAUGUGGCCAAGGGCAGCGACGGCGAAAGCCCCCCUGGCGGCCUGGGGAAGGGGAAGGCAGGCUCGCUCUCGGAGGUCAGCGAGGACCGUGGGAGCAGAUCUGAGAAGGACACUGCAGCCGUUGUCUCUGGACGGGGUAACUCCCUGAACCCCUUUGAAGAUGUGCAGAUCACAGAGCCAGAAGCUGAGCCAGAGUCCAAGUCUGAACCGAAACCACCUGUCCCCGCUGCAAGGGCUCCGCAGACUAGAGCGGUCAAACCCCGACUGGACGUGUCUCCAGAGCCCCAGCCCACAGCCAGGCCCCCUCCUCACCCUCCCUCUCCUCCUCCUUUUCCUGCUUUCCCCUCCGGUUCUGGCCGGGCACCUGCCCCCUCUGAAUCAGGGCGUGGUUCAGAGGGACAGUCCUCUGAGAGUCCUUCUGUCGCCUCCUCUUUCUCAUCUCCCACAGCAGCUCCCCUUGCCACGUCCACUCCGAUCGAGGGCUGGCCUCCCGCAGACGGGGACCAGGCCAGGUCUGGAGAACCGUCCCUGCUCCUUGAAGCAGAGUCGCAAAAGGAGAAUUUGACACCAGCUCCAGAUACCAUUUCUUCUGCCCCGGGACCACUUUUGGAACAGCCGCCCAUUCCAGCGUGCGAAGGGCCAGGGAGGCCUGGAGAGAGGGACACGGGGGACAGCGGCAGUGACGGAUCCGAGGAGCCUCUUCCAGAGCAGCCUAAAAUGGGGCGACAAGGACUUCUGAGGUCCCCCCCUACAAAACGAGACUACAUCCCACCCUCUGAAGGGGCCCAGGAAGGAGCGUCUGCCCUUUCACUGGGCGGGGGCAGAGUCGCAGGCCCAGCCGGGAAGCCUCCCCUGGGGGGCAGCACAGGCCCCGAGAGUCAGUCUGGGCUUUCGGGGGAGAACGAAGCCGGGGCCGGUGGGAUGACCGCUUCAGUUACUGCAGCCGCGCCCCCUCUUCGCAUGGGAGAGUUGGGCCCCUCGCUUGACUACGGGGUGCAGAAGUCUGCAGAGAUGGGUGUAAACGGCAGCGAGGGCCGAAAGAAAACCAAGAAGCGCGUGUCGUUUUCCGAGCAGCUCCUGGAUGAAGAGGAGGUGGCGAGGUCCCCAGGGCGGGUAGAGGAGGACAACAGUCGUCCCCAGGAGCUGACUCCUGCAGGGACUGCCGCUGGAACCGCAUCUGGCAGAGAGCCCACUGGCCAUUCCCGCACAGAAGAUGCCGGGAGGGAACCUGCCGCUGCACACAGGCCCGCGCCAGCCCCCACGUGGGGUUGUCCCCUCCGCCCCUCCCGCGAGGAGCACUUCUCCCAAGGCCGCGCGAGUGAAGCAAGCUCAGCGAAAGACACCCUGCUCUCUAGGGUGGAGGGAGACGAUGCCCUCCUGGCUCAGCGUCAGAGCAAAGCCAGUGACCAUGAAGGGCUACUGUCUGACCCCCUGGGUGACCUCCAGUCAGCCUCAGAUGUUCGAUCUCCCAUCAUGGCUGAUCUGAACUUGACCCUUCCUUCCAUUCCUGAAGUUGCGUCGGAUGAUGAAAGAAUCGAUCAGGUAGAAGAUGACAGAAAGACAGCAAAGGUGGCAACUCCAGAUGAAGGAGCUUCGUCCUUGAGCACAAGUGUCGGGCCAGAUGGCUUGGCACCUGCAGAGAGCCUGAAUGACUUCACGUCAAAAGCACCCAAAGCAUCCGUGACAGCUCCUUCAGGACAGACCUCGGCUUUAGGAAUUCAAAAGCCACACCUUGGCGAGAGCUCAAGUUUGGAGAAACAGCUGCUCGGCGCUGGCUGUGGCGAGGAAGAAAACCCGAAGGGAAAUGGGAGUCUUAGUCAGCCUCCUGGCACGUCCCUGCACUCUCCUCUCCCCAGCCCCUCCCUUUCUGAGACCUUUCUUGCCACACACUCUGUCCCCAGCUCUCCACAUUCUGACACUCAGCACACCAGUACAGCAGAAUCUCAAAAAAAAGCAACAGCAGAGGGCUCGGCUGGGAAAGGUGAACAUUUUGGCAAGAGGAAGCCACUGCUUCAGGCCUGGGUCUCACCCUCAGAGACACAUCCAGUCUCAGCCCAGCCAGGCGCUGGCCCCGGGUCAGCCAAGCACAGACUUCAUCCUGUGAAGCCCAUGAACACAACAGCCACCAAGAUUGCUAACUCCAGCUUGGGAACUGCCACCAUCAUCAGUGAGAACAUGAUCAACGAAGUCAUGAUGAAGAAGUGCAGCCCCUCGGACCCUGCCUUCGCCUACAUGCAGCUGACCCGCGACGAGCUGAUCCAGCUGAUCCUGCAGCAGAAGGAGACCAUAGGCAAGAAGGAGCUGCAGGUGCGCGAGCUGGAGGACUACAUCGACAACCUGCUGGUCAGGGUCAUGGAGGAGACCCCCAACAUCCUCCGUGUUCCCGCCCAGGUCGGCAAAAAGGCCGGGAAGAUGUAAAUCGCCGGAACAAAGCAGAGACAUGUUCGUGAGUCUGUUUCCGCCUGUUCCCGAGGGCAAGGCUCCGAGUCACCGUCUCCCUCGCGUUAUCUGGCCAGAGUCGACUCUGCCCACCGAAGUCAGGUUAAUGAUUACAACGACUCUUUCACUGUGUGCUCCCACGGCUGCAGUUUUAAAUGCGCGGUGCCUUAACCGGGUCGUGAAUAUUUUAUGCCCACUAGAGUUGCGGUCAUCGGAUCUGAUCCUGAGCCCCAGACUGGGAUGGCGCAGGAGGUAUGAAUGUGUUUUAACACUAGGGUUUUCUCUCUUUCUCGCUGAGACUUUUUCAAUGCAUAUCCUCCGGUUAUUAAAGCUUCGGGAGAAAGGAGGAAAGGGCCCUGCAGUCGGUGCUGUGUUACACAUACUCUCUUGGCUUUUGAGUAGCUCAGGUGUACUCUUGGCUGCAGAUGCUACAUUUUGAUACCAUGUAAACCUACCCAGCUUCUCAGACUUGGGUCUUGUUUUUUUUUUUUUUUGACGGGAACAGAGGCAUUUGGGGAAAGCCUCUGGCUGUGCCUUUCAGAUUUUGAGCAAGCUGCCUUUUCUAAAUGUGAACUUCUAUUCUCGUGCCUUAAAAUGUACUCUUCAGAUCCAUGGGGCCAUUCUGCUGGAGGUAGGAAAAGUAGAAUACAGGAAUUAGGAGAGUUACUCUUUACUCACUAAGGGGGAGUUGGUCAAAGUCCCUCCCUUGGUGGCAGCAGGGGUCCUGCUGGCUCCGCUGGCCUGUUCAGUGCCUUGAUGGGGGGUGGGGUGAUCCCAGCACCCACUGCCGUCGGGUACACAGCGACAUCAGUGGGGUUCCUUUGGCUGUUCCCUCUGCCUUUGCUUGGCUGGUUGCCUUGGCAGCACUUCCUGGGGAGAGACAGGGUCCACCAAGUCCUCAAGAUGAAGAAGCCCAUUCAUUGUGCAGGGGACAGGGAACCACCGUCUGGGACCACGAAGGGCUUCCACUGUGUUCCUGUGUCUGCCCCUUGAAUACCGCCCGGCCCUGCCCAAGAGGAAACCCAGGUUACUUCUGGGAUACUGGGGAAGUUGUAGUGAGGGGCUUAAUGCAGUUAAUAAAAUUUAAAAGCCAGUAGAAAGAAGAAGUGCCGCAGCCUUUAAA